AUGAUGUGUCUCAAGAAAUGUGGCAUCUCUCGACCUAUUAUGCGACAGUCCAGUAGUGUUAGCAUAUUUAGCUGUGGCAUAUCUGAGCUAGCGCUGGAGACUCAUCCCGCUGAAGCCCCUGAGAAGACCAGCGUGCUGGAGAAUGUACGGCUCUGGGAGAGGGUUGUGGGCCAGUGUUGGACACACGUGGCACUGAGGAAAGAAGAUGACCUUGCCGACAGAGCAGGGGAGCUGAGAGAAGAUAAGGAGCAGCAUACCUUCACGGAUCGGCAGAACUCCCGGCAGCACACGAUCCCUGGAGUGCACCUCAUCAGGCAGAAGGAUGGCAAGGAUAGCAGAAACAACAAACUCAUGGCCAAUGGGGUAGACAGUAAAUCGCAUGAAGAGUUGAAGCAGCUGGAGAAAUCCAGGAGGGUUGAGAACAUUCUACUUCAGGAGCUGUAUCACUGA